ACCUGACCCGCAUCCAACACUCCGCACAACAAGCCCACUGCUACUGCAGCACUUGGUAUUUCACAUUAUUUCUUCCUCUGUUUAUUACCAAGAAGCAUGGCGAGAUAUUUCAGAGAACAAGACAUUGAUGAGUUCCGGGACUGCUUUUAUCUGAAUGCACAUUCUGGACAAAUUCGCACCCUCGACGAGCUUACCUUGAUCAUGCGGUCACUGGGGCUAAGUCCUACAAUUACGGAGCUUAAGAAGUAUUAUAAAGAUAAAGGAGGCAAGAUCUCAUUUGCAGACUUCUUGGAGAUCAUGCAUGCACAUAGUGAAAAGGAAAGCAUACCGGAUGAGAUCGUCAAAGCCUUUCGAGCCAGCGACAGAUCUGGAUCUGGUCAGAUCUCGGGGAGAGAGCUACGGCGCAUUCUCCUCAACUGGGGAGAGAAGUUGACACCGCGUGAAGUGGAAGCGAUAUUUCGAGAGGCCCGUAUUUCACCAAAUGGCCCUGUCCAGUACAAUGACUUGGUACGGGUCGUUUGCGCACCAGUGCCCGACUACUACUGAUCCGACGCACAUGUUGAGCCAUCGACCACUUGUCACAGUACACAUCAACACAUACAAUUAUUUGCAUUCAUUAUUUUUGUAUGGUAUGGUGGCAGCAAUAAAUAUUUUACUACGGUGA